AUCGCAACACACGGUUCAGAACGUCGUGUGUCCUGAGCGCCAGCGCAAUAGCCGUGCAUUUUCAGCUGGCACCCGGCGACGGCAUUGAUCAAACAUAUCGCAUUUAGCAUUCGGCACGACAACAGCCGCUCACCCAACGUUAUUUAGUUCAUUUCGAAAGUUUGUCGCCGUCGAACGCGCAUUCAAAGAUGAAAUUCCCCAACACUUUAGAUUUCAACACCUACCGGGCGUACUUUUGUUCACGGCAUUUGUCACGUGACGAGCACCGUCAGGUGGACAGUAUCAAUCUUGAGUGGGACACGUGCAAUCCGGAACCGUUAAAAACUCUGUGCCUCAACACUAUCGCGCACAAUUGGUUGACGAUACCGUUCUUCCGGGAAAUUCCACUAUGUGAAGAUAGGCAUUUUCUUUUGGAUUUGUUAGAUUUGAAUUUUCCACUGGAAAAUUUGUGCGCCAGAAUAAGAAGUGAUGCCUUCUGGAAGCGAGCAUUUGUGAACAGAUGGAAAAACUAUUAUCCAGUGAAUGUGAAUAAUAAGCCGUGGAUUCGAGUGUACCUGGAACAACACAUCAAAGAAACAAUAGAACAUAUGAAGCCCAAUGACUACGACCCGGAAAGUGUUCAAAAGUUGGUGGAUCUUUGUUCGUUGCAUGUAAAAGAGCUCAAGCUGGACCAGUUGCAGCCCUCGACCAACGAUAACACCGACCAUAUACCUCUGGACGUGGUGCUAUCUAAUCUAAGAGAACUACGAAAAGUCGAUAUCACGUACGAUGUGAAAAACGCGGGUCACAAUUUCUAUCUGGGUUGCGGUUCCAUCACAGAGAAGGACAUAAAACUAAUGACACAAGGCAUAGAACGCUGUUAUGAGUUGACCGAGUUCCGUUUGCAUAGUACUAAACUGGAGCCGAUGAUGAUGCGACGGCUGGCGGCGGCCAUGGACAAGGGAUGUCCGAAUUUAACUACGAUCGCUUUUCCCCACUGCCGGUGUGGCGACGUGGGUGUUCGAGCGUUUUUUGAUGCGCUAUCGCACGAGUCACUACCGAAUAUCAAAGAAGUGGUUCUGACGAACAAUUUUCUCUCCUCUGAUAGCGUAAUAGACUUGAUACAUCUUAUUCGAAGACGACCAAUCGAAAAAUUGGAUCUCCGAUUGAACCCCAUUCUGAGUGAGGGUGCAAUCUGUGUACUGACAAUGAUAGUCUACCUUCCACUGAAAGAACUCAACCUCAGCUGCUGCUCGAUCGACGAGGAGAUCGAAGAAUAUCUGCUGAUGAUGUUGCGCUUCAAUCGGAGUAUAAAAUUCUUGGAUUUCUCCUCCAACAAACUGGGACCGUUCAUGGGGGAGAAGCUGGUGAAGCAGGUGCACGAGAACAAAACACUGCAACGGUUUGACCUGCGUAAUACGGAAAUAUCCGCAGAUGUGCGCGCCCUCGUCGACGAACUGGUGAUGGAGAACCGCGAUCCGCACAGUUUACGCGAUUGGUAAGGGGCGGUCUUCAUGUGGUUAGAUGGGAAAUUUACAAACAACCGAUGUGUGAAUUGAAAAUUUUGCUAACUUCUAAACCAUAAUUAAUCAUCGUGGGUGCUGUAUCUACUCUAUCUAUCUAUAUAAAAACCAAUCUAUGUAUGUAUGUAUGUUCGCUAACUACUUCUGAACCACUUGACCGAUUUCAACCAAAUUUGGUACGCACAUUAUUUAUCUUCAGAAAAAGGUAACAAAUGGGGUGGGAGAGUCAUUAGGAAAACGGGGAGAGGUUUUGUUUAGAGAACGAACAAUUUAGUGUAACUUUCAACUGCCAGGACCGAUUUCAACCAUAUUUUAUACACAUAUUCACUACGAGGUGACGAUUUUAUGGGAGGGGUAAUUGGGGAAAGGGGGAGGGUCUGGAGGGAGGGGUAUUGUUCAGAUAACGGACAAUUCAAUGUAACUUCUUAACUCCUGGACCGAUCCCAACCAAAAUUGGUACACACAUUCUCUAUUUUAAUGAGAAGAUUAUAUGGGGGGUGUUAAAGUUAUUAAGAAAAGGGGGAGGGUCUAAAGGGAGAGGUACUGUUUAGAAAACAAACAAUUUAGCUUAGAACCUUUGGACUGAUUUCAACCAUAUUUGGUACACAUAUUCUGUAUCCUGAGUAGACGAUUAUGGAGGGUUAGAAAAGAAGGCAGGGGAGGUGGGAACCCUUAGAAUUGGGAACCUCUCAAUCGAUUUCAACCAAAUUUGGGACACAUGUUCUAUGUUCAAAGGAGAUGAUUACAGGGAGUACGAAUGUUAUUGGUUAAAGGGUCAGAAGAGUUUUUCAGGAAACGAGUUGUAGUUUACAAAGUGAACGCACAGAGUGAUUUAGAAAAAGAAGUAGAAUAAAUAAAGAAAGAAGGAAUAAGUGAGAAUGAACAAGGGAGAUGAAAGAGGGAGGAAGAUAGGAAAAAUGGGAAGAAGGCAUAAGGAAUUAAGAAGAAAAAACGAAAAAAGGAAAAGAAAGGAGUAAGAUAGAAAUAAGAGGGAAAAAAGCGGAGAAGAAAGAUUUAUCUUCCGUCAAUCUUUUUACUCAUGUGCGUUUAGGCAAGCAUGAAGACAUUUGAAUGACAUCAUUUAUUUGUCAAUCCGAUAUAAUAUAAUAAUAAUAUAAUCCCGAUACAAAAAUCAAUUUAUGUAUGUAUGUAUGUAUGUUCGCUAACUACUUCUGAACAAAUGACCAAUUUCAACCAAAUUUGGUACACAAAUUCUUCAUCUUCAGGAGAAGAUAACAAAAUUGGUCGGGUCGGGUAGUGGAGAGGUUUUGUUCAGAAAAUGAAUUAUUCAGUGUAACUUCCACUUCCCUGGACCGAUUUCAGCCAAAUUUUGUACACAUAUCAACUAUGAGAAGUCGAUCAUAUGGUAGGGUAAUUUUGGAAGAGAAGGGUAUGCAGGGAGAGGUAUUGUUUAGAAAAUUUAAAAUUCAGUGUAACUUUUGAAGCCCUGGGCCGAUUCCAACCAAAUUUGGUACACACACACUUAAACAGAGUAUCAGAGUUCGGUAAAUUAUUUCACCGAAGUUUGCGGUGAUUGAAUAAAUCACAAAUGCUUCGGUAAUUUUGCAUAUGUUGACAUUGUAACAUACCGAACUCCGGUGGUUAGUCACCAUUUUUACCGAUAAUACUGUAAUUUUCUACGAUCAAUGGUGGAUCGAUAAUAUUUACUGAAACUUCGGUAUCGUCCAACGUCAAAUCACAAACAUAGCGGUCAAAUCUACUAAGUCCAUUUAUGUUUGUGCUUUUGCAUUUGUGAUUUAGGCCCGAUGUCCACGUAGCGUCUUUUCAACGCUGCGUACACACGGCAUUAAAAGGACGCAGAUGUGCAUCGGGAAAAAGCGGUAACGCAGCGUCACCGCACCGAUGCACACCUGCGUUUUUUAACGCCACGUGCACGCAGCGUUGAAAAAACGCUACGUGGACAUCGGCCCUUAUUCAAUCACCGCAAACUUCGGUGAAAUAAUUUACCGAACUCUGAUACUCUAUUUAAGUAUAUAGGCCGACACUGAUUACAGCGUUAGAAAUGAUAUGGAAAUGAUUUUUUAUAAUUUUGUAAAAAAAUAAACACGAGUGCCCAUUAUAAGAAUAUUUUGUGGAGUCCAUAAUGGGAAAGAAGAACAUCUCGAAACGGAACAUGAAAAUCAAAUGAAGUGUCGACUAUACUACCCAUAUAUCCCAUGUUAGUUUUUGUUUCAAUUUCAAAUGCUAUUUUCUCACUUAUCUUUUUUUUUAAUUUGGUACAAGCAUGCGUAAAACUUCAGAAUAGGGAAGGAAUUUCCUAUUAUGGACCCCAAGGGGUCUACUAUAGGGAAAAUUUAGUCACACUUUGAAAUGUUAAUUUCAACGAAUAACGAGAUGCAGAACUUGUUAUUAGAUAUCACGCGAAAUUAAUAUAUUGAAAAUUUCUACUCCUUAUGGCAGGAAGAGUAAAAUUUCGCUACUAGUGGGUCCACUAUUGGGCAUUUUACCCUAUUCUUUAUCCUGAGCAGUACUAGUAGUUUUUGUGAUUGUUAUGUUAAAGCGAAAACAGUUGCAUUUUCAUUUUCAAGAGACCCAAUGAAAAUGUAGCGAGCUCCUGGUAACCUGUCACGGUACAAGCAGUCAUGAUGAGAAUAUUGCUUUAUUUUGAAAUAUAAAUAUCGAAAUAGUUGUAAUAGAUCUGUACAAAUCUCGAUGACUAGUCAAUAAAAUGAUUAUAUUCUUCCAGAUUUCCGAGUUAGCAUUAACAUUUUUGAAGGAGAAACAGCUUGUUUACAAUAAUAGUUUGAUGCGCUUUCAUGAAAUAAAAAUCCUUGACCUUUCUCGUCAAAAACUGUGUCUCGUUUUAUUAUCUCAGUCCAUUCUUUGACUUAUUUGAGGUCUACUUUCUCAAAGAACCCAUAUUAUUUGACUCCUCUAUAGUAUUUUUAAAAUAUAGUAUUUUUAAAAUACAAUACAAAAAUCGAAAAGAGACAGUUUAAGAGACUUUGUGUUUCACACGUAAAAGCAGCCUUUUAAGCAGCUACUUAGUAGACUUUUUAUAAUUCAAUAAUUUUGUAUCUUGACGAAGUUUGACCUACGGAUUGUUUGUUUGCACAAUUUUUUUUUUUUAUUUAUUGAGGCACUGAUAAACUACUUUGUUCGCCUCGAUGAUGAUGAUGGAUUUUAUAUACAUAUAUUGACGUAAUUGUAAUUUGACCUUUUUUUCUACAAAAGUUGAGUCUCGUGCGCGCAAAGCAGAUGUGAAUGAUUUUUAUUAAAUUUAUGUAUAGACUUGCGCAUUUUUAACUGUUUGAAUGAUUCUUCGGAUUAGUAAUGGGCUAUCUGGUAGAGUUUUGUUCCCGUGGUUGAUACCGAAACUUUUGAUAUCGACGGAGCGGUAACACAAGUUUUAGUUUUGUUGACGACUUAGAUUAUUAAUUUUAUUUAUGCUUAUGAGUGACAAACGUUAAGUGGGCUUGUAUAAACAUGAAACGCGAUUCUUGGUAGAACUUUUGAAAUCUGUGCGAGAGGUAUCACAAGUUUUGCAUUUUAGUAUAAACUCGAAGUAUCACUACCCUUAUGAGAAUCUGUAGAUGAAAACCACGAUUUUUUUUUCUUAAUUUACAUUUUUUGCUGGAUAGUAAUGGAAAGUUAUGUAAUUCAUAUCUGUGAUGGUAAUCAGAUCGUUUUUGUUUUUUGCAAAUCUGAUUAAAUUGUUAUAUCAAAUUCAAUUAAUUAUCUUAAAGAUAAAUCGUCUAGCUCAAACCUUUGUAGGGGUAUGUGGCGGGACCAUCAUCAUCAUCAUCAUCAAAAAGGGCUGUUUUUUUAGAUUGGCCCGAUUUUCGGGUGAAUGUUUUAGGCCGGUUCACACGUGCAGCACUUUUCGGUUUUAAAAAUAGGCUUCAUAACAUAUGGGUUCUUUGGGAAAGUUGACCUUAAAUAAGCCAAAGAAUCGAUUAAGCGAAUACAAAUUUUUGACGGGAAAGGUCAAUUCAUUUUAUUGUUUAUGUUUUUAAUGAAAGCGGGAGAGAAUAAAAUGUAAAUAUCGCGUGACCUCUCUCAAUGAAAAUAAAAAUCUCAGUACUGAUUUUGAGUAGACGAUUAUAGAGGGGGUGGGAGAUUCAUUAGGAAAAGAAGGCGAGUGUGAUGGUGAACAUUUCUUUAAAACUAUGAAACCUCUUGACCGAUUUCUAUUUAUCGAAUUUGGGAUAUAUCUCGCUUAACUUUUCAAAAGGACCUAAGUAACAUUUUUUUCCUGAUUUAAUUUGAGUACUGCAAUCAAAAUCUUUCAUGUUGUUCUGUUGAUUGCGCUAUUCAAAUUAAUUCAUGAAAAAAUGUUACUUAGGUCCUUUUGAAAAGUUAAGCGAGAUAUGUUCUCUGUAUUAAGAGGAGGAAAAGAGGGAGAAGAGUUUUACAGGAAACGAGCACUAGUUUACCAAGUGAACGCACAGAGUGAUUUAAAGGAAUAAAGAAGGCUGAAUGUGAGUGAGGAGGAAGUGGGAGAAGGGAGAAAGAGAAAGGAAGAGGGAAGAAAAAAAUAAAGCUGAAGGAAGACGGAAAUAGGAAGAAAAAACAAAAACAAUGAAGUAGAAAGAAGAAGGAUAUAGAUAAAAGGAAAGAAGGAAACAGCAUAGAACAAUGAAAAUAUGAAAAGAAAGAAGGAUAAAAGAAGAAGUUAGGUGGGAGGUUAAAGAUUCAAAUAUAAAAGAAAGGAAAGAGGAAUGAAGAGGGAGCCUAUUAAUAUUUAUACCAAGAGAGUUGGGUAUUUUUCAAACCUUUUGUAGUAUUAAGCCAAACGACAUUCGGCCAAAUGGCCUAACAUCAAAUAGAACACAAGGACACACCGGUAAAGCCGCUCUAUUGAGAAACCGAUCACAGUGUACACUUACAUAUCGAGUAGCAUCUAUGUAUCGAUCUAUCUUUCUGUCAAUCUGACUAUGUGCGUUUGGUGCUGCAUGGAGAUAUUUGUAUUGCAUAAUUUACUCUUAAAUCCCGAUCAAUGCCGGGUACAUAAAUAAAGCUAGUUUAUAUAAACCAAUCUAUGUAUGUAUGUAUGUAUGUUCACUAACUACUUCUGAACCAAUUGACCGAUUUUAACCAAAUUUGGUGGCAGGUUCAUAGGGAAAACAAGAAGAGGUUUUGUUCAGAAAACGAACAAUUCAGUGUAGCUUUCAACUACCUGGGCCGAUUUCAACCAAAUGCUGUAGACAUAUCAACUAUAAGGAGAGGAUUGUAUGGGCGGCUAAUUUUAGAAAGGAGGAGGGUGUGGAGGAAAGGGUGUAGUUUAGAAAAUGGAAAUUCUAUAUGUAACUUCUGAACCGCUUUAACCAAAUUUGGUACACACUUUCUCUAUUCUGGAAAGAUUAUGGCGGGGAUUGGAGAGUCAUUAUGAAAAUGGUGAGGGUGUGGUGGGAUGGUUAUUGUUUAGAAAACAUAUGUAUGUUGCUUCUGAUCCUGUGGACCGAUUUUAACCAAAUUUUGUGCACAUAUCCUUUAUCUUGAAUAGACGAUUAUAGAAGGGAGGGAGGAAAAGAAGGCGGAUGUGAUGGGACGUGUUUGAUUACAAAAUGAGCAUUUCGUUAAAACUUUGAAACCUUUUUACCAAUUGCAACCAAAUUUGGGGAUCAUGUUCUCUGUACUAAGGGCGCGGGGAAUAGGAGUCUUUAUUAGGAAAACGAGUAGUUUAGUGCAUGUGAUAACGUUAUUAUGCGCAUGGGACAAUUUGAAGCAAUAGAGAAGGCUCAAUGCAGAGAAAGCUGAAAGUAGAAGAAGAUGGAAAAAAAUUGAGUGGGAACAAACAGAUAGUAGAAGGAAUAAGAGUGAUGGAAGAAGAACAAGAA